GUUGCCGGCCGUAGUUAUGUAAAAGACAGAAGGCAAACGAGUUAGUCAACGCAAAGUCAGUGAAGCUAGACAUCAUCAUAUAUACGUCUGCCUGAAUUUUAGCCCUUAGUCUGAUUGGGCCGUCCUUCAAGUUACAAGUGCUGGUCUCGUCAACGAUUAUCUACACACAACGUUGUGAUUUCUUGGUUUUCAAGAAACUUAACUUGUUGGAUACACAACACUAAUUGCAAUUCGCUAAAGCCAACGGAAUAUUCAUUGUGAGAAAGGAAUGUGUUGUCCCACUUGCAGUAUCCUGUGUCUGGAUGUGAGAAGGUGUAGCAGCUCACCCAAGUUUCAAGCUGGAGGAGUUUAAGAAAAAUUUGUCUCAACUUCAAGCCCGUUGUUGUCCUGUUAAUAAGAAAUGGGAAAUACAGACAGCAGUAUGGCAGAAAGUGAUCAUCAUCACAAAAGGGUACGAUCGUCUAUGCGACAUAAAAAUCGCGAAUCUCCAGCUUCUCUACCAAAACAACCCAAACCAGAUCAUAAUGAAAUUGAAAGGAGAUUUAAUCAAGUGCUGGCAUCAAUGGAUCUGCCUCCAGACAAAGUUAAACUACUGCGACAGUAUGACGACGAGAAGAAAUGGGACAUGAUCUGCGAUCAGGAACGAGUUCAUGCCAAAGAGACACCGCCUUACUAUUUGCGCAAACUCAAGACGUAUCUAGAUCCUAAAGCGUCUCGUAGUUCAAAAAAGAGAAGAAUGGUCAGCAACUCGACAUCCACUCAAGUUCUACGCGAUCUGGAGAUUUCCCUACGAACAAAUCACAUCGAGUGGGUGCGGGAAUUCCUGAAUGAAGAAAACCAGGGCUUGGACGUCCUGAUCGACUAUCUAAGUUUCCGAUUGCUCAUGAUGAAAUACGAGCUUAAAGUUAGAGAAGAAAACGAUUGGGAAGAGUCCAUCAAGAAAAAGCUUUCCAAUGGUAGUAGUAGUUCCAGUUCCACUACCCCAAUCCAAGAGAAACCAGUCGAUAAGCUGGAAAAGACGGAAUUGAGCUCACCGCGAUUAAAACGUGCAUCUAAACAUGUUGCCAAACUGAAGAUGGGCGAAUCCAAGGAUGAUAUCCAUGUUUGCAUAAUGUGCUUAAGAGCCAUCAUGAAUAACAAAUACGGUUUCAAUUUGGUGAUUAAGCACGACGAAGCCAUUACCUGUAUCGCCCUCAGCCUUAAUCACAAAAGCCUUCGCACCAAGGCGCUAGUUUUGGAGUUAUUAGCGGCAAUUUGUCUCGUCAAAGGUGGUCAUGAAAUCAUUCUCGAGUCAUUUGAUCGUUUCAAAGACAUAUGCGGUGAAAAACGUCGCUUUCAAACUCUAAUGGGAUACUUUAUGAAUUACGAAAUGUUUCACAUCGAAUUUAUGGUGGCGUGCACACAGUUCAUCAACAUUGUUGUUCAUUCAGUGGAAGAUAUGAACUUUCGGGUACAUCUCCAGUACGAGUUUUCUCAAUUAGGCCUCGAUGAUUAUCUUGAGAAACUGAGAAACACUGAAAGUGAAGAGCUUCAGGUACAAAUAUCUGCCUACCUCGACAACGUUUUCGACGUUCAGGCUUUGAUGGAGGAUAGUGAAACAAAAACAACAGCUCUAGAGAAAGUAGCCGACCUCGAAGACGAAUUGGCUCUAGCUCACGAACGAAUCGCCACUUUGGAAUAUGACGUUCUUACUCGUCAAACUGAAAUGGAACAACAUCUUCUAAUCAAAACAGAAAGAGAUGAAUUAGCAGAAAUCAAAUCGUGCUUGGAGGCGGAACUUUCCUCUAUGAGGUAUAGUUUGUCAAUGCGUGACGAAGAGUCUCGAAACCGGCAGGUCGCUCUCGAGUCCCGAAUUCAAGAGUUGGAAACGAUGACGCAAACACUUCCGCGAUCUGGCAGCAAUGCUACGUUGAUCCCAAAUGCGGCCAUUGCGAAAUCGUCGGCAGCACCAGCCCCGCCGCCGCCUCCACCUCCGCCACCUCCAUCCAUGUCGUCAGCUACCUGUGCGCCCCCUCCACCUCCCCCGCCUAUGAUGGGGAGUGUUAGUAGUCCAGUGCCAGUUUCACCUCCUUCGUCACUCUCACCUCCGCCUCUCCUAUCGGCCCCACCUCCACCAGCACCGGACAUGAUGUCAACAAGUGGGGGGAAUUUCACAAUCAAGCGGAAGAUUCAAACCAAACACAAACUUCCUACGCUUAAUUGGAUUGUUUUAAAGCCUAACCAGGUUAAAGGAACAAUUUUCAACGAACUGGAUGAUGAGAAACUUCAUAGUCUUAUUGAUUUCAACGAAUUCGAAGAACAAUUUAAAAUGGGGUCGAAUAUGCCCAUACCGAACUCCACUGACGAGAUUGAAGGGCUUGUCAGUCAGGGAAGUAAACGAAUCAAGCGACCGGAAUUACACACACUUUUAGAACACAAUCGACUAAGAAAUAUUGCCAUUUGCCGCCGUAAGCUGGAGAUGCAAUUGGAAGAUGUCAUUCGAGCGGUCAACGCUCUAGAUCUGAAAACCUUCUCUUUGGAGAACGUUGAAAUUUUACAACGAAUGUUGCCCACGGAAACUGAGGCAAAAGCCUAUCGUGAUUACGCUAUAUCAAAGAAAAACAUCGAUUUGUUAACGGAGGAAGACCGGUUUAUUUACCGGCUUAGUCACACGGAACGUCUAGCAACGAAACUGCAGGUCAUGUGUUAUAUGGGCAAUUUCUUUGACAACGUUUACUUAAUCACGCCGCAAGUUCAAGCUAUUUUGUCGGCAUCCCGUUCACUAAUGACAUCCAAAAAGCUACGCUCCUUUUUGGAAAUCGUUUUGGCGUUUGGUAACUAUCUAAACAGCGGAAAACGUGGUCCAGCUUAUGGCUUCAAGCUCCAGUCUCUUGAUUCCUUGGUCGAUGCCAAAUCGGGUGAUCGAAAACUGUGUUUGCUUCAUUACAUCAUCGAAACGAUACACAAGAAAUUUCCAGAAGCACUCCACUUUGAUGCCGAACUGAGAUUCGUUGAAAAAGCUGCAACCGUAUCGCUUGAAAACGUCCUCACCGACAUUCAAGAACUCCAAAAAGGCAUGGAGAUAACGAAAAAAGAAUACGAAUUAAGGAAAGAUUUGAAGGACGAAAAACAAAACAUGAUUCUCAAAGAUUUCUUAACUAACGCCGAGGAAAAGCUUCGAAGACUACGUGCCGAUUCCAAAGCUGCACAGGACGCGUUCAACGAAUGCGUAGAGUAUUUCGGAGAGCGACAGACUGACGCCAAUGCUUUUUUUGGCCUAUUUGCCCGCUUCAUCAAAACUUACAAGCAAGCUGAGCAAGAAAACGAACAGAGGAGACGUCUGCAACAAGCUGCUAGUGUCUCUUCAGAAGCCACCGCACCAAGAAGUGGCGCGAACAAUCCACGACGUCAACAGGAAGCAGUCAUUAGCGAACUGCGGUCGAGAUCGAAUCAAAUUCAGGAAAAGAAACUACUUCCUGCCGAUGAAGUUUACCAUGGCGCAUUGGAAGAUAUCCUCCUUGGUCUCAAAUCAGAACCUUACCGCCGUGCUGACGCCGUCCGGCGGUCUCAGCGCAGGCGGAACAACACCAAUCGUCUAUCCAAAAAUCUAGAAGAUUUAGAUUCCACAUUUUAAGGCCUUACAUUGAAGAAGGCUUACUAAAAUACUAUGAUUCCUAGUUAUUAAAAUGACCAAUAUUCUCUUUCCAGAACUGACCCUUGAAAUGAAAAAAAAAAGGAAACCCAAAACAUAUUUUUAUUGGAAUUCAGGUAGAAUGUGUAGGAGAGGCUGUAAAACGGACGCACAGAAAUGCUCAGCGUAUCUUUUGUUAUAUGUUUCUCGCUGUGGAACUGAUGGCUUAAAAUGCUUACAACUGCCGUUCGAUGGUUUAUUCCUCUCCCCCCUUUUUUUGUCUUUAAUUGUUCGCUCAUCAUGUUUAAGGUCAUUUCAUCAGUUUUUAAGGAUUUCCGUUCGACAGAUAUCGUCUUUAUCAUUUUUGUUUAUGUCUUUUUUUUGUUACUACGCGACGCUUUUUUAGUCUUGACAGUUGCUGCAUCUGGAGGCAAACAAGCUUUGAUGAUGUUUUGAAUUUUGCGUGAACAACAGAAGAAUCGAGAACAUCUCCAAAUCCUCAGGCUCGCGCUGCGCUGUUUAUCCUCUCAAAAAACGAGAUUCAUCUUGAAAGAAAAAAUCGUUAUCUUAUAUUUUUUUAUAAUCCUUGGGGUUAUUAGUAGCCUUUCCAUAUUUUAUGUGUAUCUUCCAAUUGACGACCCCCUUGACGCGCUGUGAUACCAGUCAACGUGACGACGGGACAGCACCAUAAAAAAACGGGAACAGCAAAAGAAAUCCUCAUAUUGCUCUUGCCUUGUUCAUUUUUUCUUAGAUUACCACAUUUUCUUGUCUACGUCGUAUUCCUAUGGUAUUUUCUAAUUGAAAAAAAAGCUUUCCGCCUUAUCAUUACUUUAUUGACUUAUAAAUUGUUGGCCUUGAGGUUACAUCCUUCAUAUCAUAUUCGGCGAAUCUUAUCUGCAGUCUGCUGGAGGUAUCACACAAACCUUACGGCUUGAUAACCGUUUGUCUAUUUCCAAUACACACACAGAUUUUUACUAUA